ACAAAGGAGUAAAACAAAAAGACGCCAUUAGUUCUCCGUUUUAAGUAAAUCUUCUCUCUUUCACACUGAUUGAACUGUGUGGGCGUCCUCUGUUUCUUCCUGGCAAAGGGUUUAGGGCUUCUCUGAAAGUUGCAAAGGGCUUAUUGUAGAGUCUAGAGAGAGAAAAGAUGAGAGGGAUACAGCUAUCGUUGAAUCAAACGCAGAAGAUAAGGCUGGAGAGAGCACUGGAAGUACUACAAUCUUUGUCUUCCAAGGCCAACAACAAUGCUUCCGUCACCGUCGCCGAUACUAUCCCCGUUAACUAUGAAGACGGCGUUCUCAAGGGACAUGGAACUUCUGAGCUUGAGGGCGAGGUGGUUGCGACAGUGUGUGGUGUGGUUGAACGCGUGAACAAGCUUGUCUAUGUUCGCUCUUUGAGGGCCAGGUACAAGCCUGAGAUUGGAGAUAUCAUAGUAGGACGUGUUAUCGAGGUAGCUUCAAAGCAUUGGAGAUUGGAGAUAAAUUUUAGCCAAGAUGCAGUUUUAAUGCUUUCAUCAAUGAACUUGCCUGAUGGCAUCCAGAGGCGGCGAACUGCAGUUGAUGAACUCAAUAUGCGCAGCAUUUUUGAAGAGAGUGAUGUUGUUUGUGCUGAAGUUCGUGGUUUCCAGCGUGAUGGCAGUUUGCACCUGCAAGCAAGGAGCCAGAAGUAUGGAAAGCUUGAGAGGGGUCAGUUACUCACAGUCCCUCCUUAUCUUGUGAAGAGACGGAAACAGCAUUUCCACCAUCUUGAAAAGUAUGGAAUUGACUUGAUAAUGGGUUGUAAUGGAUUCAUAUGGGUUGGUGAGCACGUGGAAGCCAAAGAUAUUUUGGCAGAGGAUCAAGUUAAUAAAUUUGAGCAGCAGAAUGCCAAAUCAUAUAGUAGUUCAACGAGUCUUGAAGAACAAGAACAAACUUACACUCCACUUGAAACUAGGCAAAACAUAUGCAGGACAGCAAAUGCCGUGAGGGUCCUGGCUAUUUUAGGCUUCAAUAUCACCGUGGAAGUGAUCACAGAGACAGUUGGCUUGAGCACCUCACUGAAUCUUGAUAUACAUGAGAUGCUUGGUGCAGAGUUCUGUGUUUUGGUGGCGGAGAGCGAGGCUGAACGGCGAAGGUUGGUAAAGAAGGGGUAAUACCUUCCAGAAAAAAAGGAAGAAGGGGUAAUUGUCAUGUUGUGUGUUUUAAAAUGAAAUGCAGGGGUGAGAAAAUCAGGAUGAGAAUUUUGUCUAGUGGAGAAGACUAUUGACACUGUUAUAAAAUUAUAUUUAAAGGUUUAUUUACCUGUUGAGAUAGAUUGCAGAAUCUCUAAAAGACCAUGAGAAUUUGCACAAUGUGUCCAAUUGGGGAUAUCAGCAGCAAUUUGAAAAUUUUGAAUCUCAUUACUGUCAUCUCAAGCAUUCUUUUGGCAAACACCGGAAUGAAAUUUAAGGAUGCCUUUGAUUAUUC